UGACAGCAUGCGAACAUUAUAUCGAGUCAAGAAAUGGAUAAGUCAGUCAAUGUGAGCGCAUUGCAUUCGUCGAAGCAACACCGACAGGUAGGUAGCUAGGUAGACUGAGGAAUGGACAGACAGACAGGCACAUCGAUGGAGGCUCAGAAGGCAGGCCUGCAUGGACGGAGGGAGAGAGGCAGGCAGAGAGUGUGCUGCCCUGCCCAUGUGUGUGUGUAUACGUGUGUGUGUGUGUGUGAGUAGGUACCGUGUGUGUGUAUGAUGGGAGAGAGGGAGGAAGGCAGGCAGCGCACACAGACUACAUACCAUACCAUACCCACUACACACACACAUGCACCAUAGCUACCAUGACAUGAUGCCUAACUGCGCUGGCUGGUACACGUAGAGGCCAAUAUUGGCCAACCAUUCAAUGCGAUAGAUAGAUACGCCCCGUCCGUCUGUUCCUCCUUUCUACGCAUGAGCACGCACUACACACAUGCAUCCGACCCGCCGAUCUACUUCGUACGAAGGUGCCUGCGAAGUCUGUCCAUUCCAUGUGUUCCCCUGGCCGCCGCCCACAGGCCCCAAUCCCCCCCUCAUGGCAUGAUGAUGUGUGUCUGCUGCCUCACUGGCGCUUAGGCCACAGGCGCACAGACAGACAGACAGACAGCCACGGAUUGAUGGAUGGGUACGGACGAAAGAAGAACCUACAACGAACACGCACACGCACACACACACACACACACACAUGGACCGUUCAUUCACCAUCCCAUGCAUUAGGUAGGGCAUUGGUUCAUUAGGGGCAUUCAUUCAAUCAUAUCAUGCAUUGCAUGUCUCACCUGGCGCCGCUCGCUGAUCACGCAAGGGGCCGGUGGCUAAUAGAUAGCAUGGCGACUCACAUACAAAGGCCAAACCGUAUGACAGACAGACAGACAGACAGACAGACAGACACGGGACGAUGGGUAUAGGUGAGUGAGGUGGACGACACCUAAAACACAGAGCCACUGAGUGUCUGUGUGUGUGUGUGUGUGUGUGUCGGCAGCUCUGUCCAUCCAUCCAUCCAUCCACUGGGCACCACCGGCAUUUCAUUCCGUCACGCAAAUGUCUUACACAGGUACAUAAUAGCAUAACAAUAACGUCAAAAACAGCAAAGCAUCCAUCAUCCAUUCUUCCAUCCGUCGGCUUGGCUGACUCGAGCGGCCGGGCGGUAUACCAUACCGAGGCAGCACACGCACACACACACACGCACAUGGACACGUAGAAAUACAUACCCACUGAAGAGCACUCCCACACCCACCCACUGCACGCACCCGCCAUCCAUCCAUCCAUCCAUCCAUUUAUCCAUCCAUUCACCACUCAUGUGAAGAGAGAGGGGCCGAUAUAGGCUGGGUGCAUGGCUCUUCUCUUGUCGGUCUUGCUGGCCUCUUGGCCACCCUCUCGAGGGGCUAACGAAACCCUUUGCUGUCUGUCUGUGUCGGCCUGCCUGCCUUGCUGAGCGAUUGAAACAACACCAGGUCUGCUAAUUACACACGAGACACACACACGAACAUGGCAUGAGAAAUGCACCCAUAUGCGCAUGCAGCGCACCACUGCAUUACGCGCAUCCACAAAACGCCAGCAGCCUUUCCUUUGACCGAUGCAUUCACUGCAUCCCAUGCAUCCCGGCUAUGCAUAGAAAAAGCAGCAAUAGAUAGAUAGAAGGAUGGGGGAGAGAGAAGGGCUGCCCUACCCCAUCAUCUCACCCAGCCACCCGCCCCACCGACCGACGAGCUGCGAUCGCUUUCCUCCGUGUGCGUACUCUCUGUGUGCUUCGUGCGGUCGUCUUAUCCGUCGCGCCAUCCGUCCGUCCGUCCAUGCAUUUCUAUAAAGGACCAAAACAAGUCCACACGCAUGCACCGCACACCCCGCACGCACGCAAGGCACCGGAUCGCGCAUCGAUCAGGUAUGUAUGUAUGUAUGUAAGCAUCGAUCUAUCUAGCUAUCUAGGCUAACCCACCACCACCCGCCCCACACACGCACACGAACACGCACGGACACGGAGGCACGAAGACGCUCCCCACCCACUGUCAUGCACUAAGUGGCGAAAAACCAGACACAGACAGAGACAGACAGCGUGGCGCGGUUGGUACUGAGACAGACAGCCACCCACUUGGAGAGAGCAUAGCAGAGGCAGAGGCAGAGGCAGAGGGCAUCCAGCAGCACCGUACGUAAACCAAACAACAAACCAGCAGCGGUCGGGCGGGCGGGGGUUGAGUCGACUCACAGCGCGUGUUUUGAAUCUCUUUGACACGCUGGCCUGCACGAGUCGCCUGCCGGCAUGGCCCGGCCCGCCGGCACACAGACACGCAUCAAUCAAUCAGUCAAUCAGGGUGAGGCGGAGUGGAAGGCGAGAUGGAUAGAUGAGCGGAUGUGGGAAUAAUGUGGAAUGAAUCAAUGAGUGAAUGAAUGAACGAAUGGAUGGAUGUAUGGAUCGAUAAGAUAAAGCCGUCGGUCGUCGAGCGGUGUGAAACACACACAGAGACAUACAUAGACACAGAGAGACGCAGGCAGACGCAGACACGGACACGCACACGAGAGAAAGCGACACGACGGUCGAUCGAUCAAUGCAUUGACAUUGCCAAUUGUAUGUGAGCAGACAAAUAGCGAUUCAGAUUGACUGGCAGAGAAGGAGAGAGGCGAAAAACAACUGAGUAGAAGCCAGGCAGAGAGCGCGCGAGAGAGAGAGAGAUGUCUGUGAGUAUUUACACCAGGGAGGGAGGGGGGGAGGGAGGGGGAGAGAGAGACCAUCGAUCGGCCAGUGGCGGGGGGAUGCAGGGAGGAGAGAAAGGGGAAAUAGACAGACAGGCCGACAUGCAGGCCGACAGGCAGAAAUGAUGGACAGCAGCGAGGGAGGGAGGGAGGGAGUGAUGAGUAUGAGACACAUACAUACAUACCUGGCAGGUAGGUGGCCACACCGCCUCUGUCUGUCUGUCUGUCUGUCUAUAUACAUGUACACCACACACAUGUACACCACACACAGAUAGAUACCGAUAGAUAGAUACUGACAGACAGACACCCAUAAAGGAACGAGCGUGUCAGUGUGUGGACUGGACUGGACUGGACAAACAACAACAAUGACACGCACGCACCGACCGGCGGACGAUAGAAGCCACCCACGGUAAUAGGGAGAUGAACGAAUGAAUGAAUGAAAACGGACGGAAAAGACCGCUACAUGGCCCACCGAAACCUCUCCCUCUCUCUCCACCACCCCAACCCACCUCUCUCGGUCUCGCGAAUGCAGCCACGCAGCCCAGCCGCACACAACACCACACACACGCAUCCAUCACGCAGCCAGCAAGCAGGGAGGGAGAAAUAUGCUCCCUCCGUCCCUCGCCCCAUCUCUCCCCCUCUCCCCUCUCCCCUCCCAGUGUCCCUGCCUCAUCCACCCACCAUUCAUUUCACAAACCAAACCACCAUGCAUGUAAGCAAGAAUCAUGAAUCAUCAUUCAUCACUGUGGAUCACGAAUCAUCUCAUCAUCUCUUCACCGCUUCACUGCGAUGUGCGCAUACUUGGCUCCCUCGGCCAGGCAGGCCAGCUGAGGGAGGGGCGCACAUACGGGGCGGGAAGGAAGGCUACACCACACACCACACAACCUCACAUGACACCACAUCACAUGGACACACAUCAUCUCUAUCAUAUGCCAGGCAAAAAGAGCACCAAUCGACGGACGGACGCCUCAACGAACCAACCAGGGAGCAUCUGUCUGUCUGUCUGUGGGAGACUUACGAGACGGCACGAACGACCACCAACACUCCACACCAGAUCCCACCACACCACACCGACAGAUGAGUGGGAUGGGUGGGAGCUCGCUCGGUCGCUUGAAAAACAGCGGUGCACGUCACGGAGGCAUGAAGGAAGGAGAUCCACAUAACCACACCCACCGACCCACCACGCACCCCCAUCACUCAUGGCAAGGCGGCCGCCCCCUUGCCUGUUCUGUCCACUGGUCGGUCCACUGCCCACCCCGCAAUCAAUCACUUACGCAGUCACUCACUCACAGCAGCAUGCCAUUGAUUGCCACAAAAAUGCUGAAGCCUACCUUUCUGUCUGCUGGAACGUGCUGUGGAGGCCCCUCUCUCUCUCUCUGUGUGUGUGUGGAAGAAACACCAAUAAUAACAGCUGUGAUCGUCAUUGAGACCAACCAACAUCUGGCGUGCCCAUGGUCACUGACUGACUGAUUGAAGCAAACUCACUACUCACACACACGUUGGUUAACCGACGCGAGAGGCCGACCAGUAUGUGCGUGGCGUCCGUGUGUCUGUGUGCUGUCUGUGCGGGAGAUAGACCACACACACAGACAUAUAUAUGUAAGGCAUACGGUGUGUGCGUGCGUGUGCAACUGCUCGCUCGUCCCCCUCUCUAGUACUUAGCUAAAUGCCACAGAACACCGCCCCGGCCACUGACAGCAUGAUUGAUGCUUAUAAAUAAGACUGACUGACUGACUGACACCCCACACGCAUCCCCUUCCAUGGAUCCAGCCACCCGAGAGGCAAUGUGGUUGUGGUGAGGGGACAAGGAGAAUAGGGUGGCUGUAGGCAGACAGAGAGGGAGAGAGGGAGAGAGGGAGGGAUGGAGGGAGAGAGGGCGCUGUGAGUGUUGCUCUGCUGUUCUUACUCAAAAAUACCACAUAAGAGCUAGCUGCCUUCAUUGAAUCGAUCGAUAGCACCCAUCCCACCACAGCACACCACACCCACACCCACAGCCGGCCGCUCCCCGACUUAAAACUGCCAUCCAUCCAUCCAUCCAGUCAUUCGUUCAUUCACACAAACAACAACACCAAAGAGCACCAACCAGCCAGCCACUAAGCUAAGCCCCCUCCCCCUCCGCCCUCUGGUCGUCCACCAGCCGCACGGGAAACCGCCCCCGCCCCUCCCUGUCAGCAGCAGCCGCAGCAGCAACAGCUGCAGCGGCGGCCAUCAUGCCGCCGUGCUCAUCGUCUGCCGUGCUGCCGUGCUGCUGGUGGUGGUCCAUUGUGAUGGCCUGGCCCAGGUCGAUGGGGAAUGGGAAGCGGAAUGCCGGCGGGUGCAGCGGGGGCAGCAGUGGGGGGGAGGUCGUGUGCAUAAGCCAGGGAUUGGGAUUGGUCGGCGUGUUGACGGCCACUGGCGCCGGGCUGGGGAACGCCUGCAUGUGUGGCCCCCCAUGCUGAUCCAUGCUUAUGUCUGCGUCAGCGACGGAGGGGUCAUGGUCGUAUGGCGGUGGCUGCAUGUGUGGGUGCACGGGGCCGCGGAAGAGCGGGAGGGGCGAGUGGGGCGGGACGGCCAUGGGCACCGUGUGGGGCGAAUUGGGGGGCAGGGGCAGCGACGGCACCGGCGAGGGCUGCGGCGACGCACCAGACCACAUCAGACUAAAUGAAUGAAUCAAUUACCCAACAACCACAACAACAAAGACAACCACACACAUGAUAAUCAAUGCACACGGUCGUGUGUGUGGUGUGGUUUCUGUCUGUCUGUCUGACCUAGAGGUGAGGUCUUCCCUCGAGUGCGAUCGAAACCCAAUGCUGUCCGUCCCGCUCCUCGACGCAAAGCUGCUCGCGGGGCUGUGGGUACUCGCACUAGCGCUGCCCAGCGUCCGGGCUGUCCCCCAGCCCGACUGCGAACCCGGCACACUCAGCAACGCCCUCGCCACUUUGCGCCGCCCCUGCCCCAGGCCGUCCUUGCCGAGCGCCUCUCGGUGGCCAGUGGGGGAUGGCAGAGGCGAGGCGUUCGGUGACCGGGGGGUGAGGACGCGCAGACGGGGGAUGUGGAUCGCUGGCAGUGUGUCCGUCGAUGUGGCCGCGGGCGGGGGCGACUUGAUGCACACGGCGUGCGGCUGAUGGGUGGGUAACAGGAACCAAGGACAACAGACCAGUGAGUGAAGAUGCGUCUGGAUGGUGGUGUGCGGUGGUGUGGUGUGGUGAUGGUGUCCCUCACCUCAUGCGGCACGGCGUGCAAGGCGCUGAGCUCCUCCUGAGUGAGGGUGUCGCCUCCCCCGUUCCCACCGACCCCCAGCUGCGGCGAGCUCGGCGGCGGACAGAUCGGCGACAUCACAGGCGCCCCCCCAGUAAUGAGCGACACGGACGGGAGCACGUCCAUCGAUCGGGACGGACGGGGCGCCACCGGCGGCACCACCAGCCCGCUGCUGAGUGUCGAUCCGCUGACGGUCGACAUCUGCUUCUGCUGCCGACGCGCAGAGAAUGAGGGAGGGUGCCGGGGGGGUGGGGGCGGGGGCGAUGGGGAGGCCAUGUAGGCGCCCUGCUUGCUGGCGGGGGGGCGCAUGGUGGUCUUCUGUGGGGGCUGCGAGGGCAUUGCUGGCGGGCUCGAUGGUGGGUGGAUGUGGAUCCUCGUCGGGCCAUGGGUGUCGUCAGGACGAUGGACGAACAGCUGACACACACAGAGAGGAUCGGAACACGGUACAGUUCCAUGUUUCGACAAGGUGACUUGUGGUGGUUCCCUUACCGCCAUCCGGUCAUUGCCAUCGGGCCGCAGCUCAUAGACGGCUCCGUCGUGGCCGAUGCCCACGCCCUUGAGCGUGCCUGCGCUCUUGGUGGUCAUGCUGCUGGUGUUGUGGAAUGACGUCACUGGGGCGGACGUCUGCCUGGCUGCCGGCGGUGCUCCUGCUCCCGUUGCUGUCUGUGGGAUGGCGGGCGGCAUGGGCGAGGUAGGUGGGGAGGGGAGGGGGGACGUGUGUGAGAGGUCGGUGAGGUGUAGAAUCACCUGGGGGAACCAGCCGCUCUGGCCCAACAUCGGGCCACUCAGGCACCUGACACACACACACACACGAUUCGACCACUUAUAACACGCCAACGCCCCAUGUCAUGUGUCUGUCUCGCUGUCUGUCUCACCUUCCAUAGAUCCACCCCGUGACAUCUCUCUGCUGCACCUCCACAGCGCUUCCCGCCACCAACCGCAGCCACCGUGUGCCGCCAUUGCCGUUGCCGCCCCUGCCCCUCGUGCGGCCGCGGGACCGCGCCGUUGCCAUGGCCUGAGACAGCGACGCGUUGCCGUUGGUGGUGGUGUUGGUGUGAGUGGCGGGGGGGUCGGGGGGGUCGGGGGGGUCCAUGGGAAGGGGAUGAUGCGCGUCUGUCUGCAGGUCACGGUCAGGCUGACACACACACACGCACAGACAGACAGAGAGAGAUGUUUCCAGAAGGGGCAACAGUGCCCUAUGUGAUUGAGCGCGUGCCCAAACCUCAUAUCCGACAGCGGCGACGAGUAUCUGUCCGCACGCCGUCUCGUCGCUGUCUGCAGGGUGGUCGAGGCCGGGAGGGGGGAGGGGAGGGGGCUGCGAGUGACUCGUCGACGUGAACUCAACUCCGGGGAAAUUCGUAUCUGACAGAAGAGACAACACACACAAGGACUAUGAUGAGAGAUGCGGCUUUGGGCGACUGGGUGGGGGCGUGGGUGACGCACAUCUGAGUGUGGCGUGGUGGUGGGUGAAUAGGUAUUUGGGAGGCCGCCUCUGCUCCUGCUCGCCGUGCACAUAGGGGCAGAAGUGGUUGCUGCACUGGCCCUCCUGGUGGUCCACACACACGCGGGUCUGGUUGACACGGGCAGGGCACACAGAUUACACACUCAGAUCCGAUCCCCGCCAUGCCAUGCCAUCCGUCCCGCCCCCGUCAUGGCUGUCAGUCAGCUCGCUCACCUUAUAAAACACCGGGUGAUAGACCACCUCCUCGGUACUAUGUGCGAACGGGCAAGUGCUGCCCCUGCUGCACGACGCCCGACACACCUCCUCGCCAGUCCUGCUGGUCAGCGCCACGCCAAUCGCCCCACCGCCCCCCUCCUCAGACGCGCUCAGGCGGGCGGCCUUGUGGUGGUGGCUUUGGUGGGACGACAUGAAGGACACCGGGUGCGGGUGGGUGGUCUCGCCGUCCGUCUCGCCCACGUCGGGCAGCCCGCUGUCGGUGAAUGACUUGCGCAGGAUGGAGAGGGAGUCGUCUCGGGGGUGGUGGCGCCACGCGGCGGUGGGGGCGUCCUCCGUCGUGAUGCCGUCACGGACACUGGGGAAGGACGACCGGGUGCUCACGCUGUCCCCACCACUCGUGCCGCCCUUCUGGUCGCACACAAACAAACACACAGAGCAACAAACAUAUGUGAAGCCAUCCACCCGUCUGUGUGUCUGUCUGUGUGUCUGUCUGUGCGUACCUGUGAGAUGACGCUCGAGGUGCUGGUGGCCGGCCGGAUAAACGGCACCGGCGCGCAGGAGAAGAUGGCCUCGGGACAGAGGAUCGGCAGGUAUCUAAGGCACUUGGGCGCGUUCCGCGAGCCGGAUGUCUGCUGCGAGGGAUGGUCCGGCGACUGGUCGCUGGGCGGCGUGGAGGGCCGAGAUGGCGCCAGGGGCGGGCGACGGGGCCAGCAGCUGCUGUGCGCAAACACACACCUGAACCAAACCGCACACGAACGCACCAAGGGGGGAGGAGUGGAGUGUCGUGGCAAGGGCACAGAUGGAUGGUUCUCUCGUGUGAUUGCGGGUCCGUACUGAUUGCCAUAAUCGCAGCAUUGUGAGCGCCAGUGCCGACACGUCUGCACAGACCAACAGCACACAGACAACACGACACGCACCAUACCGUUCACGGCCAGAUCCGGUGUGACUGUCUGUCUGUCGCGUGACAACCGGUCACUUUCGCCUUUCUUUCGCGCACCUUUGUCCUGAAUCUCAUGAGCUCCGCCUCAGUCAUGGUCUGCGGCCUCUCCGCCUUGACGGGCAGCCCCCUCCCGGGCCGCACCUCCCUCUCCCGCUCACGCGACAUUGCCAUCAGAUCCAAACGCGACAAACACCCGCUGUCACAACAGGGCCAGCGAAGGAAACACCUCCACACAGCGGCUUAGUGCGGGAGACGGCCGUGUGCUGCCGAGGGGCUGGGCGAGCCUUGCAGAUCGAACGGUAGGCGUUGAGUCUCGGUUAUGACGACUGAUGGCGCCUGGCAAAGCUGUUGCUUCUCAUCUGAUUAGGCAGCUAUCUGUUGUCAGCUGGGGCGGGACCAAUCAAGAGGAAGAUGCGCCAGAUAUGAAUCACCAUCCCAGCGACUCCAACG